CGACCUGGAGAAAAGGAGGCGGUGGGAGGAGGUGAAGAGGUUGAGUGAGAGAUGUCGAUCCUGUGGGAGAAGAGCGCGAGUUGGAGAUGGCUUGUGCGGAGGACCAGAGACUCCAAGCCCUUCUUCCUUGCUUUCGCCACCGUAUGCGGCGUCGUUCCGGGAGUCAUUGGCUAUGGCGUCAUGCAGCUCACCAACACCCGCAACGAACAGCUUGAGGCCCAUCUUCGCAAAAAUGCUCGCCCCGAAACCACGAUGAUGGGACAAGUAAAUAAAGAAAGGCUGGCUGAAUUCCUUGGAGAGCUACAGCGGAAGGAGGAUACAAAUGACCGGUAUGUUGCUGCUCUGAAAGGUGAGACUUUAACCAGAAACCCGUAUCAGAGAAUUCAACCUAUUCCUAAGCAAAAUGACAGUGGCGUUGACAAGGAGCAGAAUAAAUAAAGUCUGAUAGUCAUUUGGUGUGAAUACGUAUGAGGUAUCUGUAUGUCAAGAUCUCACUAGUGUUUAGGAGCUCGGUAUGAAAUUGAUGCUAUUAGUCUUUGCAUUUUGAUUUUGAUGUGGUUUUAUUCCAUACAGAAGGGGAUCUUUGUGAGUUUGCAUGAUUAUAUGCAGACAGGACUUUUCCUUGUCUAGAUUUCGUGCGCGUUCUUCCGUGGAAUUUAAAGUUCUCCUCGGCUAUGGGAUAUUUUGAGGUUUAAUCAAUCUCAACACAGGUUGUUUCCUUUUGCAGUGAGUUGGAAUAAAGCACAAUUCCUCCAGGUUUUAUCAUCUUCAUGAAACAAUUCGCCCACUUUAUUGUUUUGGAAAUUCACACUUGACUCGAGUUGUCAAAAUUAACUCUAUUAUCUUUUCCCUUCCUACAAAGACAUGGUUGC